UUCAGAUUGGAAAUGACAAUUAGUACGUAGUCGAUUAGAUUAACGCGAGAUACAAUCUCUGUCCUGAUAAUUCCAAAGAUCUCGGUCUAGCCCUCUAUUCCUGGUUCGAAUUAUCGUCAGACCCCUUCUCACGCACUGGUCGUCAUGUCAUCAUAUGCGCAGUUUAAUCCCUCGUAUGGGGGGGGUCCAUCCCGUGCCUACUUAAGUGGCUGCUCUCCUACCCAUUCAUUCCUCUCUCUUCAGAAAGUCGGAUCCGAUCAAGCGCCGGCAAUCACAAUCGCGGGUCCUCUUUUGCUGAAAGCUUCCCGGUCUGGGAAACGGUUCAGUUAUGGUCGACCAUGGAUUACAACACGCCACUCCCGAGAUUUCUGCCAAACGUUGCAGGGGGACUCAUGUCAUCGAUGAUGCAAUUCCUGUUCAACGCGAUCAGGAACCUACAGCAACCGGCGGUGUCGAUAUACUUGAGGGGAAAGUACUUCAACAGUGGUCGACACCACAACCUAAU